AUGCUGAGAUAUGCUGUUUGUUGGAACGGCGACUGCGCUGCUUCUGAAGUGACGACAGAAAAACACGAGUCCGAAGCAUGGCCACUGAUAUUGCUCCCAAAUGCUGAAGGCGAUGCUUCCAUACCACAACUCCUUGCGAACGCAUGGAGAUUGAAAAAACUGGAGGAAGGGACGCGCUGUGAACAUUGCGGCGCAGAGAAAGAAGUCCGACAGCAGAACUUUUGGGAAACCACAUCCCCAGUUAUAUGCUUUGGGUUUCCACGUGGAGAUGACCAUGCGGGAGAAACAAAAAACACGAACAGAAUCAUUUGCAACCACACACUGACGUGUGGCUCUGAAAGUUACACGCUUUGCGGCCUUGUGGAGCACAUUGGCGAUGAAAGCAAGAAAGCAAGUGCGGGGCACUACAUUGCUUGGAUUCCCACAGCCACUGUCUGGCAAAAAAUCGAUGAUGCGCAUGUUUCUGCUUCUGAAGAACUACCCAUACCGGUGGAGGGCAGAGUAGUAUUGGCCAUCUACGCAACAUCAUCCAGCACCGUGCUCUCAAGUGCAAGUACAGCAACACACGCCUUGACGCCGCCGCCUCUGUGUGAACAAGGAGCAAAAGCAGAACAUCCGGCAAAUGGACUUUUGCCAGAAAAGAAUGAUGGAGAGCGUGAAUUUCAGGUUGCGGUGGAAGGACUGCUGUGCGCAUAUCGUGCCGGAAGCAACUGUGUGGAACAACUUGCUGCAAUGGAACACUUUUCCUGUGAGUUGCGUGAAACAGAGUGGCGCACAUUUUGUGAAAGAUUGUGGAAUGCAGUGGAAGAAUACAUGCAAAGUGAAAUCGUAGCUGCUGAGGCCGUCGAACUGGAGGCUCCUCUCUGGCGGACAUGCUUCUUGCCCAUUGUUGUCUUGUUCGAUGCGUGGUCCAAAACCACCGGACUGCCCACUGUGUUUUAUUUGGAUGCUUUUUAUUCGCUGAUUAGCAGCUUACUGAACAAAAAUAUCACUUUCAACGCGGCGAACUUUGCGUGUCGGGCUCGGUAUUGGGCUGUGGGAACGGCUGCUCCUGGUUCGGGAAAAAGCCCAGCCUUAGACCCUUUAAAGAAUGCCCUUGUGGAGGUCAUGAAGGAGAUGCCAGAUUUGUCCCCAGGAGAAGCGACGGACCACUUUCACAUGCAGCCAGUAGGAACACACUGUGCAGCGAUUGAUCGCCUGCAGUCCACUGGUGGAUAUGAAUUCUUUGGAGCUUCCGAGGGUGGUCCUGUCCCAUGGGAAACAGCAGUGGACCGGCAAAAACGGCGAGUCAACCGGGACGGCAGUGCUUCGGCAGCGUGCGACGAGCGCACCAAUGUGGCUGUCUUCAUCAUGCAACAAGAAUCUGUGUUUCGGAAGUGGUGGGCUGCAGCAGAGGAAAAGUGCAGCAUAGGUCUGGUUGGGCGCUUUGUGUUUUCUUUCGCCAGUGCCAAAGCACCAGGGCCACCGUCAACGGCAAACUUUGGUGAAGCAGUUGUUCUACCGGUCGUGAAGAACUAUUUUCGCGUCCUGUUGUCUCUGCUGGGCCCGCACGCGCCCCUACCCACCAACAGUGCGCUGUUGGAGUGGCACUGUUCUGCAGACGCGAAGAACAGCGUGCACAGGUUCAGAUUAAAGUGUUCCGAGGCAACAAAGAGUUUUCGCUUGGAUGAAACCUUUGCAUCUUGCCUGAACAAAACUGGUUAUUGGUUAAGCUGCGUCGGGUUUUUGAACUCACUGCUCUCUCAACUGUGGCCAGCAGCCCUGGGGCAAGAGCUGCGGAGCAGUUUGCAGCCGCGCAUAGCAGACAUGGGCGUGAAGACUGCAAUGGAUUUUUUCACAUACCGGUUCUUGUAUGGAGCAUCCAUCCUCUCCUCUGAUUUACGAAAGAGAACGUGGAUGAAAGCUCGCAACCCACACAAAGAGUGCCGCUGGAGCCUGCCAGCCAUGGUACUGCUGCAGGCAUCAUGCGGCGCCAUGGUCACGAAAACCACGGCUAUAGCUGCUUCACCCAUAUACAAAGUGCUUGCAAGCACAGAUGGGGCAGAGCAGAAAGCCGCGGAAGCACUCUACAAUGAAGCUCUGCAAAACUUGGAAGAUCGGGGGUUUGGUGUUCAAAAAGACACCCAAGUGGGGAGGGUGCUGCUGAAGCGACACUACACGAGCCUUCCGGAGUCAUCGCGAAAACUUCUGACAGACGCAGGUAUUCAUGUCCUCAGCUUCGGGUUGCAUAUUCCAUCUGCGUCUGGAAACAAAAACGACAAGGGUGUGCAUCAGAACCCGCCACCUGCACGGCAGCAAAGGGAGGCAUCCCCCGUCCUGGCGGUCAAUUUGCAGUCAGAGCCUCCUCAAAGUCUGCCGUGUUCAGCGACGAUUGACCCAGGCGAUGCAUCUCGAUCGCGCACAAGUGCGGGCUGCAGUGAGGCGGAAGAUGAAGAGGAGGCGCUGGAGCAUGGCGAGAAGAGCGAGGGGAUGAGUGCAUCAGAGCAUGGCACUUGGGAAGAGUUAACCACGGGAGUGUUGCCCCAUGCCAUUACUUCAUAUGCGGAUCUACGCGAGUGUGUUGAAACUGUUCUGGGGAGGUGUAAGGAUCCAGGAGUUCAUGUCUUCCAUCAGAAAGCGGCAAAGGAAGGAUUUGCGCUGCUCAGUCAUUGCCAGAAGACAGUCUGCCAAGGGUGUACGUUCCAAGUUAAAGCACGAGCAACCAGCACGCUCUCCGGAUCGAAGCUAGAAGUCUGCAAAAAAGGAAAACACGGAAAGCUUACUGCUCCAGAGGGUGGUUCCUUGUGGAAUGCGGCAGAAGCCUUUGCUAUCAAAGAGGCGCACAAAGAUUCAGAGAUGACAGCGCGGACUGUGCAGCUUGCGCUGAAGCAGGCCGGAUUAGACUUUCGAUGCACCAAGGUCCAACUUUACAACUACGUGAGCCGCUGCCGGCAGAAAACCGGAAUUCCGCAAAAAGCCGUCUCCAAAGUGCCAAUAGCAGAUUUAGAAAAGGCUGCAGCGGAUUUCAUGGUGCGUGAUAUAAGCCAGAUCUUGUUGGUGGCUGAUGUGGCGCAGCUUGUGGUUCUACCUUCGUCAGUUGUGUCUGAAGACCAAGUUUGUGUCCUCUGGACCUGCCCGGGCAUGUUGAAGCGAGCCAAGGCCGCGCAGAACAAACUUGUGAAGUUGGUCAUUGAUGGGAAGCAAAAAAUCCUUUCGAACGAAUAUGCGAUCCUGACUUUGUCAUUUUUGGUUUCCAGUGACAAAAUUGCACGAACAAAAGCAGGUCGCAGCAGGUCGAAGACCACGGAUGUCUAUACCUCCACACAGGAACCGUUUCUCCAAGCCCUGGUUAACACUGAAUCGGCGGAGAAUGUGAGUAAGGUCUUCACAGUGGCGAUAGAGAUCGCCAAUGUCUGCUGCAAAUUGGAUUUGAAAGCGCAGGCAGACGAUUUUGCGACAUUGGAUGAGAUCAUCCAAAUCAGCCGCAUCCUACCCACGGCGCAAAUCUUCGACCUGGUUUGGCAUUUUACCUUUGCCCGGCUCGAGACCCGGUCGAAGAAAGCAGUCCAAUACUUGCAAGAUACGUAUUUCCGCUUGUUGACACCACAGAGCCUGGGGAAACAAUUUCGCUGCAAUCGUGGAAGCUGGAACCCGGAAGCUUUGUGGUUUGCCGGCUUUUGGUCGGGAAUCAUUGGCACGUAUCCUGGAACUGCGUCAGGAUCACAGACGAUCGAGAGUUUUCACGCUCGCUGGCAAGCACAGGUGCAGGGGAGCGUUCGUGCUUCCCCGCAAGACAUAUUUAAGAACAUGCAGAAAUUGUUUUCUUCCACGUGGAAGGAUCAGUUUGAGUGGGAGGAAAGCAAAAUAUUCCGGACAUGGCCAGAGACUACGGCAAGCGCAUUGCUGAAUGGCCAAACAUUACGCAGCACAGGACGGUCGCCUGCAGUCGACUUUUGGAAUGCGCGGGAAUUGCGCGUGGACAAGACACGCAACUACUGCCACGUCGUGCUGCGCACAGACAACGCAGACAAUCCGGGCAUUGAUGGUCUCACAAAUUUCUGGGUUAUGGGAGCGCAAAAGCAAGAUGGCAUGCUGCCAGCGCAGGUGGCAAUUCGGGAAGCUUUUGCCCAACGUUUAUGUUCCAUGAUAGCUGCAGAGGGGGACGCUCUCAUUACCGCCGUGAAAGCUGCAGGCAUUCUGGAAGAAAACAAAAUUAAUCUGACUGCCCUUCGCAAAUGCUUCAAGACACAUGCGGUCGUGCUGCAAG